CGAAAUGUGUUGGCCGCCGACAGGUUGUUGUUUGUCGGCGAAGUUCUCUAAAGGCAUUUUUCUGCAUUUUGAUUUUGUGGCAACAAAUUUAAUUAUUUCAAGUUAAUUGAAAUUAAAAAAACAAAAGAUGAUCAAAACAAGUGCACAUAAUAGUUGUGAAUAAAUGCGAUUAAUAUUUGCAUAAACAAUACGCAAAAAUUUGCAAAAUAAUAUUUUCGUAUCAUUGUUGUUGCUGGUGUAUGACAUUAUAUUAUUGUAUGUGUGUUUGUGUUGGACGAAGCCAAUUUUUCUGAUUGCCUCAAAAAAAAAAAAAAAAACAUAAAAUAAAGAUAUAAAUAAAAUAAUAUUAAGUUAAUAGAAUUUGUUAUAAAACAAAAUAAAUUAUUAGCCACAAUAUGACAACAGUUAAUAUAAAUACUCGUAAAAGUCCUAAUGUUUUUAAGAAACAGGGCACUGACCAAUGGGUUAAACUGAAUGUAGGUGGUCAAUAUUUUCUUACCACAAAAACUACACUCUCCCGUGAUCCGAAUUCAUUUUUAUCACGUUUAAUACAGGAGGACUGUGAUUUAAUAUCAGAUCGGGAUGAAACGGGUGCCUACUUAAUAGACCGAGAUCCUAAAUAUUUUGCACCAGUUUUAAACUAUUUGCGUCAUGGAAAAUUAGUAUUAGAUGGUGUCUCGGAGGAGGGAGUACUAGAAGAGGCUGAAUUUUAUAAUGUCACACAACUGAUAACGUUAGUGAAAGAGUGCAUUACUAAUAGAGAUCAAAGACCACAAGCUGACAAAAAGCGUGUAUAUCGUGUUUUGCAAUGCCGUGAGCAAGAAUUGACUCAGAUGAUCUCAACACUCUCUGAUGGUUGGAGAUUUGAACAAUUAAUCAGUGUUGGCCCACAAUAUCAUUCAAAUUAUGGUGCAUUUGAUAAUAAUGAAUUUCUUUGUGUUGUCUCUAAAGAGUGUGGCGCAACAAGUGGUCGUGAGCCUGAACUAAAUGAUAGAGCAAAAGUAUUGCAACAAAAAGGCUCUCGCAUUCUUGGAAUUUAAACAAAAUUUAAAAUCUAAUCAAAGUUUUUAAACCUAAAACAAAAACAAAAAUCCUUCUACGAGUAUGAAAAUAAAAAUAAAAUAAAAAACAAGCCACAAAAUCUAUCUACACCCAUUUCACUAUGUUGUAUUAUCACCCACAAGUCCACAAACAUCAUCUUAUCAUUUAUGUUCUUAGUUCUUUUUUUUCUUAAAUUAAGAGUUACAUUUACAUUU